AUGGCUAAAACGCACGGACCCACCGAUAUCAAGGAGUCGGCACUGGAGCUAAUCGGGAACACCCCACUACUGGCAUUGGACCGUAUAUGGCCGGGACCGGGACGUAUACUCGCGAAGUGCGAGUUCAUGAACCCGGGCGCCAGUAUUAAGGACCGGUCGUCCCUAUCGAUGAUCCAACGGGCGCUCACAUCCGGUAAACUCGCGCCUAAAGCGCCUAUAGUUGAGGUGACGAGUGGUAACCAGGGCUGCGGACUGGCAGUGGUGGCCGCCAUUAUGGGCCACCCGUUGACGCUGACCAUGUCGGCGGGUAAUAGUCCCCAAAGGGCUGCUAUGAUGAGAGCACUGGGAGCUAACGUAAUGCUGGCGCCGCAAGUGGAGGGUAAGCCGGGGAACGUUACCCUCGCCGAUGUGACAGAGGCUGAGAACCUGGGCCUGAAACUAGUGGCAGAUACCGGUGCCUAUUAUGUGGAUCAGUUCAACAACGACGACAACUCCAAGGCUCACGAGGAGACUACUGGGCCCGAGAUAUGGCGCCAGACGGGCGGUCGUGUCGACGCAUUCCUGGCCACUGUGGGAACGGCCGGCACUUUUGCCGGCGUUUCCCGGUAUCUGAAACGCAAGGAUCGGGACAUCCAUUGCUGUGUUGUGGAGCCGGCGGGGGCUGAAGUGAUCAAAGGCGACCCCAUCACCAAACCCCUGCACCUGUUGCAGGGCUCGGGCUAUGGGAAGGUUCCGAGUCUUUUCAAGUUUGAUACGAUGGACAGUACGUUAGGUGUGAGCGACGAGGAGGCCGUCCACUACAAGGACCUGUUGGGCAGCAAAGAGGGUCUCUAUUUGGGCUAUACGUCCGGCGCUAAUGUGGCCGCCUGUGUGAAGCUGUUGCAGUCGGGCAAACUGCCCAAAGAUGCCUGGGUGGUCACCCUUCUCAAUGAUACUGGCCUUAAAUACCCGGCUGAUAAUUAG